AUGGACCCUACCUAUGGCCGUCUCUCCGGCCACAUUAGCGCCAGCUCGAUGAGCGGCUACCCCGCAGACUACGUCGCGUCGUUGACAGGCGCGCUCGGCUCGCUCGAUAUUAAUGCGAUGCGGUCGUUCCCUCAGCCUAUUCUUGACGGUGGCUUACAGAUCCCGACCCCUGACGGCAGCAUGGGCGGCCACUCGCCCGACUUUGGGGGCGAUGCGGCGCGUCAAUACAUGGUCAACGGGAUCAUGGCCGGCUCGGCCUCUGGAUUUGGACAGUCAGGGUACGGCAGCCUCAUGGGCAUGCCUGUAAACUCGAACCUUGGGAUGCCGAGUGGAACCGUGUCGCCCAACGCCGCCGCCGCCUCUCCGUACGGUGUGCCCGGUUACUUUCCCAUGGUGCAGCCUAAUUAUGGCUUCCCUCCCGGUCGCAUGACUGGCAACUACGGUCCCGCGGCUGCUGCCGCGGCUGCGGCUGCAGCUGGCAACUUGACUGGCCGCACUGUGUACAUUGGUAACAUUCCUGACGACGCGUCUGCCGACGAGCUCCUCAACCUCGUCCGCUUUGGUCCCAUUGAGUCUGUCAAGAUUCUCUCGGACAAGAGCUGUGUCUUCAUCUCGUUCCUCGACGGUUCGACGGCCGCGGCAUUCUACGCCGACGCUGCAGUCAAAAAGCUCGCCUUACGUGGACAGGAGCUGCGCAUCGGGUGGGGUCGCGAGUCCAACCUUCCGACGCCGGUUGCCAUCGCUGUCAACUACAACCAGGCAACGCGCAAUGUCUUCAUUGGCAACCUGACGGACGAGGACACUGAGCAGACGCUCCGCGACGACUUGGCGCGCUUUGGUGACAUUGACCAGAUCAAGAUUGUGCGCGACAAGAACAUUGCGUUUAUCCACUUCCUCUCCAUCUCCGUCGCCAUGAAGGUUGUCAACAGCCUCCCCCGCGAGCCCGCAUACAAGGCCAAGCGCGUCGGCUAUGGCAAGGACCGCUGUGCCUACGUCCCCCGCGCACAGCAAGCUGCUGUUCGCCAGGCUGUGGCCCAGGCGACUGCUGCCGUUCAGGCCCACUCUGGCCAGCUCGUUGCCGCACCCUUCAACUACGGCUUUGGUUACAACCCAUCCGGUGGCUUUGACCAGAAUGGGUUCAGCUCUCCAGGUGUCAACGGCUUCACCACCACUGGCGGCGGUGCUGGUUACGUCGACCCGUCACAGAUGAACAACCGCUCGAUCUACCUCGGCAACAUCAGCGGUGAGACCUCGGUCGAAGAGCUGUGCAACAACAUCCGUGGCGGCGUCCUUGAGUCUAUCAAGGUCCUCCCGGACAAGAAGUGCGCGUUUGUCAUGUUUGUCGACCCAGCCGCUGCGCUCUCGUUCUACCGCCACAGCGAACAGAACCCCAUCACAAUUGCCGGCCGCCGUCUCCGCAUUGGCUGGGGCAAGGCUCUCAUGCCCGUGUCUCCCAAGCUACUCGCCGACGUGCAGCAGGGUGCAAGCCGCAACGUCUACAUUGGCCAGAUCACGGACUUUGAGGUCUUCAAUGCGGACAAGCUCCGCGAAGACUUUGGCGAGUACGGCGACAUUGAGCUCAUCAACUUCUUCAAGGAGAAGCACGCGGCAUAUGUCAACUUUACGUCGAUCGAGGCGGCGCAGAAGGCCAUUGUGGCCAUCAAACAGAAGGAGGACUAUGCCUCGCUCCGCAUCGCGCACGGCAAGGACCGCUGCGGCUACCCUCCGCGCCAGCCGCGUUCGCAGGGCAGACGUGAGACGUCGCCCCGUGCCAACAGCGAGAACGACCCUGUUGCUGUCGCCAUUGCUGCUGCCGAGGCCCACGCCACCGCCGCCGAGGUCGAGCCGUCGGAGCAGUAG